GAUCGCUGGCUUGAUUGCGGGCAUAUCGAUAUCGCAUCGCCAUCGCAUCGCCAUCGACUCCGGUCCGAACGCACAUCAGCCACAGCGUGUGGCUCGCUUGCCCAGAAGCCAAAUAGUGCCCUGUAUCAGCAUCAGCCCCGUCUGCCUGCCAACCCGCUCGCCCAAUCCCGCGCUACUCUCGUAUCCUCGCUUGGCAUCAUGCCCAAGGCAACCCGAAAGAAGAAGCUCAAGGAAGAGGAUUUUCGGAAAACCAAGCUAAAGGUUGGAAAAUCCAAGCCCCAGGCAUCCAAUGCCACCGAUGUGUCAUUCAAAGCUCGAUACAUCCAUGUACCAACGCAGACUAUUGUUGAGGACAAGUCCAAUGUCAGCUAUCUGAACUCGAAAAAUCAGUCGCUCAAGGAUGUCCUCGCACAACUACGGCAUUACAGCGCGCCGAACCGGAGAGAGGGCAUUCUGGGACUCAAGGACAUGCUUGUGAAGCACCCACAGAUUCUUCAGCUGCACUUUGGAAUGAUAAUCGAGGCAGCGAUACGACUGAUGGUGGACGAGGACGAUGAAGUUCGCAAGAACAUGCUGGUCUUUUCCCAGUUUCUAGUAUCAACGAGUAGCAGAGAGCAAUUUCGGCCGUUCAUCGCCCUGAUCAUGGCAUUUACGUGCUCGUCGAUCACCCACAUCAUGGAAGACAUCCGACUGGAUGCUCUCAAGUUUUUGAACUGCUGGAUGGAGCGCUACCCGGACUUGGUGGUUCAGUUUUCCGACAAGGUUAUUCCCAACUACAUUUCCCUCCUGACGAGCGCGUCGUCCUCGAGCGUCAAGUCUGCCGGCGCAUCGGCACCGGGUCGAGCCGGACUUGUGCACAUCAAUCCCAAGAGCCAACUGGGCUCGAACAAGUCGCGCGUCGAUGUUCUGGCAAGCCUUUAUACCUUUUUGCGCAACGCCCUUCGUAUCGACGAUAGCUUUGGCUGGUUUCUGAGCAACAACGGUGUCAAUGUCGAACGGAUUCUGAGUGCCCCAGGAGGAAGAGUCACCGCCUGGACUGCUCAGAGCCUGGGAGUGCAGAUUCUCAAGUAUCAGGACCCGCAAAGCAUCGGUGACUCCAAGCUCGAUUUCAUCUCUGCCGGCGGCUCCUUUGCCAACGCUGCCGAUCGACUCACCAUGACCAAGACCCAGGGCGCCACCGCUGUUGUCGACAUGAACACCAUCCAGAACGAAUACAAUCUCACAGAUCCAGAUCAGCUCAAGGCCUUUAUCUCGGUGAUCAUGCCUGUUCUCGUCGACUUUUGGCUCGAGUCCACUCCGAUUUGCUUUGGCUCUGGCACCGUAACGCAAUCACCAGCACUCUCUGUGAUGCAUAUUGUGCUCAAGACUCUCGAUCUGCUGUGGCGGUCGCUUCUCGUCGGGCUCAGUGCAAGUGUCGAACGAGCCUGGGUCGAGCCGUGGUUCAAGUCUCUUACGAAGCAUUUCAUGUGUCACUUUCCCUUCGGAGAAGUCAACUGUACUGGACGCGACUCAAAGGCCACCGCAACACUGACCGAUAUGAACAUCAUCUUCUGCGAGCUCCUGUCGCACUUCAUGUUUGUCGAGAGCGUCGAACUGAUGGACAAGCCGUCAAAGAGCAAGUUGCUGAACUACCUUCUGUUGACGUUUGGAUACAAUCCCGAUGCUAUGGACGAAGAUGACCAGAUGAUUCCUGACUUGAAACAAAGCCAUCUGGAAGCCACGUACCCGCUGCUAUGGACCCUACUCAACCGCUUGGACGUCGCUCACCAAGGCCGGCUUCUGGAUGUAUUCUUGGACUACUACAAGGGAACCAACGUCAGCAGCCAGUCCAAGAAGAGCGCCUUCCGUCUCACGGCGACCAUCACUCUGCUCCAACACCACCGACAAUACACUGGGCGAUUCAGGAUCAGCGCUUCCGACAGCAUCCAGACAACUAUCUUGUCGUUCAUCCUGUCAAUUCCAAAACUUUUGUGGGAACUCAAGACAACCGACGAGGAAUUCACCCGGAUGGGCCUGGAGUUCCUCGCAAAGUGUUUGCGCGAGAAUGUUGCUGGGAUAUGCGACAGCGCCGAGACCCUGGAUAGCCUUCAAAAGUGGAUCGUUCCUUUCCUCUGGACGAGCUCCAGCCAAAACGCGUCCAUCUACGGCCCUUUCGUGAAGCUCUCGGAACAGUCCCAGCUCAUGACCCUGGAUUUCCUUUGCUAUCUCCCGCAAUGGAGCGAAAAGCUGAUUAGAGCGAUAGUGCAAUGUGGCUGUGCCACAUCAGCAUCGACCUUGGCCGUGGAGCGUAUUCUCGAGAUUUUUGACUAUCGACAGCGUCAAGGUGCCGCAGAGACCCCGACUUUGUCCAUCGAGGUCUUCACAAGCGUCUUGGUGACUGUCGGCAUCGUUGGAUACACUCACUCCGAACUGGAAAGGCUCGAAUCGACUGGGAAGACACCGGAGCAGAUUUAUUCGCUCGAUGCAGGUUAUGCUGCCAAGAGAGCAUCAACUGAGAAGAAGAAACAAACUCCCAAGGCAGAAAUCGCGCUGUCGUCCGAGGAGGAAGCCAGCAUCUGGGCACGCCGAUGCUCCAUUCUCGAGACGGUAUUCACCAUGAAAAGCCAUCAGUUUUUGGCAACGGUUCUUGGCCCGGUUCUCGGGAAAAUACUGUCUGGACAUAUCCCAAUCGAUGCUCUCUUCAGCAUCACCCGCGUUGCAACUGAAUUUGGUCCCAGACACGGCGAUUCAGGUGCCGCCUGGAAGGUCUUGCAUCAGCAGCUGCCCUUGGCUUUGGUGCAUGCUGUCUCCCUAUGCUAUCGUCGCGGCCUGGAUGAUGUGUCCAACAUCACCUUCACGAGCAUCAAAGCUGCCCUCCACAAGUGGAUCGACAAGCACCCAGAGUCGGUGGCGUCUCUUCUGGAAUCCGCUGCUACUCUGGCUAACAAUCAAAGAUCCGAGCUCGGCAGCUACCUCUCCUUCUUGAAGCUGGCCACCCGAAUCCUGAUUCCUAUCCCUGGCGCCCGCCUCGUCGAGAGAAUGCCGUCCGAAUCACGGCCGGGCAUGAUCGAGCGUCUCGAGAAGCUGACCUCCAUGACCAAGACGCUCAUGGCCACUGACCCCCUCAAGGCACAAGUGCUCGAAAAGGAGCUGGAGGUGUUGGAGCGCGAGAUUCUGUUUUCAGAAAUGAGCCAGUAGCGAAUGGCAGGGUGUUGCUUGCUCUGCUGCUCCCAAAACCGGCACAGCGUGGGUCGCAUCUGAUCAGCAGUACAUUGAAUCGACAAGUUUGAUAUAAACUUGAGAUAAAAGCCCUCAGUCUCACUUC